AUGGGUGCGCUGCGCAGCCUCCUUCUCACAACGACGCCCAAUUGUUAGCGUGCACGUGCCUGAAAAAUAGUGAUAGCGGUCGGUAAGACACUAGUCUCGCUAGUGUCUUACAGGAGCGCUAGCUACAAAACUGGAGAAGAGCGGCCGAGUUUACGCGCACGCGCAUAGUAUUGAGAAAAGCCUGGACGCGUACGUACACCUGGCGUUGGCCCGGUGAUCGCCUCGCCGCGCUCGCGGACGCGCAUCGCGCGCCGCCGGAGCUAGCAAGGUGGCGCGACUGGGGGCAGAAACAGGCGCCCGCUCGCGCGGCAAACGACUCAUCGUGGCGCUGCUCCUCGCCCGCCGCGGGGCGCGGGCGCUGCGGCCGGCGCUGCGGCCUCGACGCCUAACCAGACUCGCGAGCGUCGCGGCGUCGCGCGCCGAGCUCGUCGCGCCGGCCCAAACAACGCAACAGAGCGUGCCGGUCUAUUCUAAUGAAGAGGUCCAAACGGCCCCGGAAUUGCCCAUAGCCUACGACGAUGUUGUUAUUGUCAACGACGUUUCAAAAGCACGAGCAGUAGCCGAUAGACUAGCCACAGCUUCAGACCGAUAUCAUGCUGUGGACACGGAGGUCGACGGCAUCGACUUAAGUCGUGAGGGACCGGUGGGCAACGGUGUCGUUACGUGCUUCACGGUCUACUCGGGACCGGACUUCUCCUACGACGGUGUUGACAAGGGUAAAGCCCUCUUCGUCGACACGACCGUGCCGGAUGUCCUCAACGAAUUCAAGGACUUCUUCGCAUCAAGCGAACUAAAAAAAGUCUGGCACAACUACGGGUUUGACCGGCACGUCGUCGAGAACAUGGAGCUAGACAUGCACGGCUUCGGGGGCGACACGAUGCACAUGGCUCGCCUGUAUGAUUCCGCACGGUUACGGACGCAUGGCGGCGACGGCUACUCGCUCGAAGCGCUGGGGCGAGAUUUGUUGUCUGAUGGGAGGGCCAAGGUCUCGAUGAAGACGCUGUUCCCGGAAUUUUUCCGGAAGAAGCGCGUCGAGGGCGAAGGCUCUGACAAGAAAUCAUAUCUCGACGUCCUGAAGAUGCAGACGGACCCAUUAACACGAGACGCGUUCGUGUGCUACGCGGCCUACGACGCGAAGUCGACGUGGGAGGUGCACGACGUAUUGAAGCAGAAGCUCUCCCAACAAGCCUGGGAGCCCAUGGGGAACAAUCCCUCUGCGAGUGACACGCCGGUGACGAUGUGGGACUUCUAUGAGAGGUACUUCGUGCCGUUCGGGAAUCUGCUGACGGACAUGGAGGCCGUCGGGUCCGCGACGCAGCGUUUUCAAUAUACUUGAACGUGACGCGGUCGCGGCGAUGGCGUCGACGUGGCCGAUAUGACACAGUCGCGUCGAUGGCGUCUUCACGUCUCGUUCCGCGCAGGAUCCACGUCGACGCCGCGGGCCACUUGCAGGCCGUAGAAAGGCAGGCCGAGGAGGACAAGGAGGCCGCGCUCGAGACGUUUCGGAGCUGGUGCGUGUCGGUCAUGGGCGAAGACGGCCGGCUCUUCAACCCCGCUUCAUCAAAACAGAUCCAGACGUUGCUGUUCGGCGGGUCGGCGAACCAGAAGACCGGCGAGAUCCUCGAGCGGGAGCGGGAGUUCGACGUGGACCUCCCGGCAUCAGAAAUUCCGGAAGUGGAGGAAGAGCGAGACGAGGAGGUGUUAGUCACAAAAGAGGAGUUCUACGCCAAGGCCACGGCGAAACUACUCAAGGAGGAAUGCCAACGACGGGAGCUGAAGGUCACGGGCACGAAGGCCGAGUUAGUGGAGAGAUUACGAAACGCGGACGCGGGAAUUGUUGAAACAGUACAGGAUGAGGGGCCGCCACCGCUCUCCAUCGCGGAGAUCGAUGCUCUGAAUACGGUAGCUGAGAUGAAGGACGCGCUACGAGCCCGGUCCCUGAAACUGUCGGGCAAGAAGGACCAGUUGCGGGCGCGGCUGCUCGAGGACAGCAAGGCGUACAAGGCUCCUGUAGUAGUUGAGAAAUCAGACCUGCACGCGGUCUACGAAGAAUUAGAUCUGAAACAGCUCCAAGCGGCCUGCCACGCGCGUUCCCUAGAAGUUCCUGGGGAGUCGACGCGGGAACAAUUGUUAGCGUUGCUGACUGAUGAUGAUUCCUACACGGCGCAAUUAUCGAAACAUUCCAUAGCAUCGCCGAAGACCUUCUCGCUACCUUCUACACCGAAAAAGUCAAAGCGCAAACUUACCGUACGUUCGGUAGGAUUGGUACCCCAAAAAUUCACGCAGUCCGGCUGGGCCUCGUGCACGGCGGACGUGUUGCGAGAUCUCGCCGGUACGCCGAAAGAACAGAAAUGGGGAGACGCCUACAGCGCGUUCGGGGGCGGUCGCGAGGGCGAGGAGGCCUGUGAAGCUUUAGAUGCACUAUGUAGCAUGGGUAGUAUCGAUACGAUGUUGAACACCUUCAUCAAACCUUUACAAGACUUAGCUGAUGAACAGUCUAGAGUCCAUUGUUCCCUGAACCUGAACACGGAGACGGGAAGGUUGUCGUCGCGGCGACCGAACUUACAGAACCAACCGGCCCUAGACAAGGACCAGUAUUUGAUACGGAAAGCCUUCAAGGCCAAGGAAGGUUGUAGUCUCAUUGUCGCUGAUUACGGACAGCUAGAGUUACGACUGCUAGCCCACGUCGCGAAAUGUGAAAGUAUGCUCUCGGCGUUCCGGGAAGGCGGGUGUUUUCAUUCUAGAACCGCAGUAGGCAUGUUCGACCACGUGCGGCAAGCGGUAGAGAACGGCGAGGUCCUCCUCGAGAAGGGCACCCAGGGCGACAGUGACAAGCCGCUCGUCAAAGAUAAGUACGCGGCGGAACGACGACGGGCCAAGACGCUGAAUUUCUCGAUAGCCUACGGCAAGACGGCCCACGGCCUCGCCAAGGACUGGGGCGUCUCCCAACAAGAAGCUCAAAGUAUGUUACGGGCGUGGUAUGACGACCGCCCUGAGGUCGAGCGGUGGCAGAAGGACACCAUAAGUGCUGCCCGUGCUUCGGGCUAUACUACUACGCUGAUGGGUCGACGUCGACGGUUGCCUGAUCUACAGGAGAGAAACCGAGCGCUGCAGGGUCGAGGCGCGCGCGCGGCGAUCAACACGCCGAUUCAGGGGAGCGCGGCGGACGUCGUGAUGAUGGCCAUGCUCGCUAUUGGUGAUUCUUCUGUGUUGAAGGAGCUUGGGUAUACAUUACUACUCCAGAUCCACGACGAGGUCAUCCUCGAGGGUCCUUCCGAGCACGCGGACGCGGCGCUCGCGGAGCUCGUGCGGCUCAUGGAGCGGCCCUUCGACCACAUUGGAUUAGACCCGUUGCACGUGGAUCUCGUGGUGGACGCGGCGGUGGCGGGGAACUGGUACGAGGCGAAGUAAGGACUACUCUUUGUUUGC